CCGCCCGCCCCCCGCCGAGCGCGCGUGACCCCGGCCCCCCCGCAGGAUGUACCGCAAGGAGCGGAGCGUCCCGCUGAAGAGCAGCAGCUCGGCGCUGUACAACAACCUGAGCGUGCUGCCCCUGCGCGACAAGCCGCUCACCUACUUCGCCGCAGUGCACGGCGGCUCCGUCAGCCUGGCCAGCGUCGCGGCCGACGGGCUCAGCGUCUCCCACCGCCAGCUGCAGGCCAAGGAGGGCGGCCUGGCCGUCAGCGCCUCCAUCGUCACCCAGGCCUCCUGGUGUGUCCUGCCUUCUCGAGUUCUCCUGGUCCUGACCUCGCAGAAAGGCAUCCAGAUGUAUGAGUCAGAUGGCUCCAUCAUGGUUUAUUGGCAUGCCCUGGAUGUCUUGGAACCACCACCAGCCCAGGCAGUGUUUGCUCGAGGGAUUGCUGCAGCCAGUGGGCGCUUCAUCUGUGUGGGGACUUCGUCAGGACUGGUGCUGGUGUUUGACAUCCCCAGCAAGGGAACAAACAUCACACUGAGCGAGGUCCUGGAGGAGCAUCGUGACUCCAUCACUGACAUCGCCUCAGAGGUCGGAGAGAUCCCGGGUGGGGCUGCUGACCUGGUGACUGCAGAUGACUCCGGGGCUCUGUGUGUCUGGAGGUCCAAGGAGGAGUUCUCCCUGCUCACCAAAAUCUCUGCCUUUGGGUGGACCUGCUCCUCGGUGAAGCUGUGGAACGGGAUCAUUGCUGCUGGCUAUGGGAAUGGGCAGAUCCGUCUGUACGAGGCCUCGAGCGGGGUCCUGCAUGCCACGGUCAGUGCCCACGCUCGCUGGAUCUACGCCCUGGACCUGGCACCUCUGACGGGGAAGCUGCUGUCGGGUGCCGAGGAUUCCUAUGUCCAGAUCUGGAAACUCAGCCGGAGCCCAGACCCCGGGGACAUCGAGAUCGAGCACUGCCACUCGGAGUGCGUGCCUGACACCCAGCUCUGCGGCGCCCGCUUCUGUGACCCCGAGGGCAACUCCUUCGCUGCCACCGGCUACGACCUCAGCGAGAUUGUCCGCUAUGGCCAGGUCUAGGCUGCCCCGCCGCAGGGGGGCUUUGAGUGCAGGGCAGGCGGAUCUCAUGAGGGGGGCAGGGAGGUACCUGCAGGCUCUGUGCUGCUGCACCAUGUUCCAGCCCCCGCCGCUAAGGGACCCUGGCUGGUUGCACAGGGGCUGGGGCAGCAGCAUGUGGCUGGGGAUGCCCCCCACCUGGGUGGAGAUCAGACAUAGUCAUGGGAGCUGAAUCGUCCAGAGCUGGGUGGGAACCCCCUCUGCUCUGGGGGAGAUCCCCCCAUUGACAUGGGGGGGACAUGCACAAAGAAUGGGGGGUGGCACUGCUGUUGCUAAAUAGAGCCCAGAUCUCUUCAAAUUUCAGAGUCUCUUUGGCCAGACACCUGCUUAUACCCCCUGGCUGCUCAUUGCCCCCGCCACCCCCGUGUCCAUGCUCUUUCUUCCCUAUGGGCAGGGAGCUGCUGUCACCUGCCUGUGGCUGCUCUGUUGAGCUGUGCCCCUUGCCCAAGGCCCCUGCAGGCUGUGAUCCCCUCUGCUCCUGUAUGGAGACCAGAGCCUGGCGAGGUGCAGAGCUGGGCCUCCCUCAGGCAGGCCCUGAUUUGUGGGGUAGGGGUAUAGUAGCUGAGGAGGUGCCAGCCUUCAUUCCAAGGCAGGGGCAAAUGAACCCCUGCUCCUGUGGGGCCCACCCAGCUCCUUUCCUCCUAUGAACUCGGGCUGCAGGGAGCUCUCGCUGGGGCACAGACCCAGGGCCUCUGCUCAGCAGCUGGGUCUGUGCCCUGGGGCGCCCAGGGCAGUCUCAGCUGUCACCAUUCUGCUCUCCAGGCCACUGUAGCAUCCCCGGGGCCAUAAUCUCACCUCGGUCUCAGCACAGCCCCAUGUCUGUGUCGAAGCCCCUGAUGCUACUGGGGAAUUGCGCAGCUUCUGAGCAGGCCCCCAGCUCGGAGCACUCGGCACUGAAUGCGGCUGGCAGCAUGAGAGGCAGCGUGUCCGAGAACACACAGCACUUGACUGGGACUCAGGAGACCUGGGUCUAUUCCUGGCUCUGCUGCAUGACCUUGGGCAAGAUGGUGCUCUGUGCCUCAGUUUCCCUGUUUGUAAAAUGGGGACAGCUACACUGCCUUCCUGUGUCAAGCACGGUGAGACCUACAGCCAGAAAGUGCUAGAUAAGAGCUAAUACCAUUAGCUGAACAGAUGUGGUUUUGCCCUCAGCUGCCUAGAAGGGGUGCCAUCUCAGUAACCACCCAGCUGGGGACAGACAGGGCGCAUCUGUUGACUGCCCUGGACUGACAUGGGAACAGCUGCUGCGCUCAGCUCCCCCUGCAGCCUCCCCCAGGGCAAGGAAGUUGCAGGAGGCAGGCUCCCCCCAGGAGUCCCUUACAGGCUGGAUUGUCACUGCAUGCACCCUGCCCCAGGCUUCGCUCUGGCUCUCGGCCCCGGAUACUGCCCCUUGAAGAGCUGCAGGGAGGAGACUGCAGGUUUGGGGCUUGGAGCUGGCAUGACUUCGCUGAGGGGAGGCAGGGGCUGUAUGUAGCCUCUCUCCAAGAGUGGGGUGAUAUGCCCCUUUGGGCACAGGUUACAGCCCCUGCUGCCCCAGCCUGCUGGGAAGGCUCUCAGGUGAUGGAGGGUGUGAGGCUGGGUGUGGAAACACUUGUCAAUCAGGGCAGGGGCCCCUCCUGCAGGGCACUUUGUCUCAGAAAACCAGGGAACCCGGCAAGCAGCACAGACGCCCCUGGAUGGCCCAAGAGGCCGGCAUUCUCCUGCUGUCGGGAAAAGUGCAUGACAUUUCCCUUCCUCUGCUGCUCGCGGGCCAGCGCCGGCCCUGCCGCUGGACACACGGUGGGGGCCUCGGCCUGCCGCUAGCCUUUGGGGUCCCUUACUGUAGUACCACUAGACCUAAUUAGAUACAGUGCUGAAAUAGGGGGUUAAGCCCGCUGUCUGGGCUAAGUCCUAGCUCUGAUUACUCCUGUUGAGUGCCCCGUCACCCCUGUAGUGUGUUAAACGCAGCAUGCUUUGACCCUGCCAUGUAGCAUUUGUGUAUGCAUGCUGCUAAACAGCUGCCAGUGCUCACCCUAGAGGUGGCUGCAUUUCACCAGUGGGUGCAUGUAGAAUGCUGGAGAAGUGAAACUUGCUGUCUCUCCUCCAACCCAGCCCUGCUGGCAUGAGGCUUUGAAACCCCCGCCCCUCCCAAAACUGCCCCUGGGCCCGUGCAUUGUCUGGGCCCUGGGCUCCAUCAUCCCUCUGCUGGGCCUGGCCCUGCAGCUCGUGCGGGGGAGCUGGGGCAUAGGGCCCUUGACACAGGUUCACUCUGGAGCCCAGGGCGCACUGCUACUGCCAUAAAUCAGCUUGAACCCUC